UUAAAGAGACCGCUUUUUACUUGACUCAUUCAAAUAGAGAAUUUGUCAAUAAUUAUUAAUAAUACGAUUUUCUAGGAAAAUUUUAUAUUCACGUUGUCUCAAACUGCCUUCAAUUUGGAAUUGUAUGUUUCAUGUCACAUUAUUAUUUGUGCUCCCAAACAAUGUAUUUGAAAUCUCGUCUAUGAUGAGCUAGUGUAAUGUAGCAUUGCUAGCUAACGCUAACUAUCUGGUUUUGGGAAAACAACCCAGCAGCAGGUCAUAAAACCCACACAGCGCAGGAAACGGACUAGCGUAGCUACUAACUAGCCGUGACUGAAAUUGCUUUGGGAAUUUAGUUAACUGUAUUUUCAUGUCCGUAUGGUUCGUAUUUGUGAAACUGAAUGGCUGUGUUAUUUUUUACCUGGUUCUUAAACCAGUUAUGGUAAUGCUGGAAAGGGAUGCGCUUUAUGAUAUGACGACGCGUCAGCUAGCUAGCCAACUUGUUGUCUGGCCAAAUAAGCCAGCUAACUUCAUGUAGCUAGUAGGCUAAUUAAAUUACUGAAAACCAGUCGGUUCACUAUCUACCUGGUUAUUCUCUUAAUAUGUCCCCACAAUGUAAUAUCGAACGAAACAAAGGCAGGUACCCAGGUAUAUAGUAUUGUAUGACAACAUAUGGACGUUGUGGUAGGGACGUGCGAAUGUGUGAAUAAUUGUUUUAAUGUGAUAGAUGCCUAAAGUAUGCUAGGUGUACUCAUUUCAACUAACUGACUUGGUUUAUUGCUGUUCAGCUAAAAGCCUGUACCAAACGUUAUACGUUGUCAAUUUCUUAUCAGUGUCACUCACAACCUGUUCUCUCGCAGAUGGAGAACUUUAAUCUCUUACAGGGAUAGUGCAGUAUCGUGAGUUCUCAGAAAGGAUGCCGCUCUUCACCAGGACAGCAAGGAACUCUAGUACACGGACUGACUCGGUUAUUUGCAACCCGGCAGGUUGCUGGGUGUUCAGAAGACGAGAGAAAAAAUGCCUGUUGUCUUCAUUGUCUGUACCAGAUAGUAAAGUGAAGCAGUGCAUCUAAGCUCUGCUGUGCUUGACAAACACCAUUACCCCAAAGCCUUUAAGACCUAAACACAACUCACAACCAAAAAACAAUGAACUUCUUUACUACCCUCGUGACCUUCGAGAACCUCCAUGAGGUCCGGAGGUUGUGUCACUGGGGUCCCGUGAUAGCCCUGACUGUCAUCGCUGUGUGUACCUCGAUGGCCAUUAUAGACUCUAUUAUCUGGUACUGGCCAUUGGAUACCACCGGAGGGAGCGUCAACUUCAUCAUGCUCAUCAACUGGUCGGUGCUCAUUCUCUACAACUACUUCAAUGCCAUGUUUGUGGGCCCCGGGUACAUCCCUCUCGGCUGGAAACCAGAGAAAGUAGAAGACACUAAGUACCUACAGUUUUGCAGAAUGUGUCAGGGAUACAAGGCCCCAAGAUCCCACCACUGCCGCAAGUGCAACAGGUGUGUGAUGAAGAUGGACCACCACUGCCCAUGGAUCAACAACUGCUGUGGUCACCAGAACCAUGCCUACUUUACCAGCUUUUUGCUGCUGGCACCACUGGGCUGCUCGCAUGCCGCCUUCAUCUUCAUCAUGACCAUGUACACACAGCUCUACGAGAGGAUAUCUUUUGGUUGGAGCACCGUGAAGAUCGACAUGAGCGCCGUGAGGCGCUUUCAGCCCAUCAUGCCGUUCAGUGUGCCCGCCUUUGCCGCCACACUCUUUGCCUUAGGGCUGGCGCUGGGCACCACCAUUGCCGUUGGCAUGUUGUUCGUCAUACAGAUGAAAGUCAUCCUUCGAAACAAGACCUCAAUUGAGGCAUGGAUCGAGGAAAAGGCCAAAGACAGAAUCCAGUACUACCAGACGGGGGAGGAGUUUAUUUUCCCGUACGACCUGGGCCGGCGCUGGGACAACUUCAGACAGGUGUUCACCUGGUCAGGGAGCCCGGUGGGCGACGGUAUCCAGUGGACCAUCCACGCAAAGUGUCACCAGCACACCUUGACCAUUGAGCAACUGAAACAAAAAGCUGAUAAGAGGGUGAGAAGUAUUCAGUACGGGGUAGUGGAGGACUACAACGGGGCCUGCUGUCCACUGAGCAAAGGUCUCAACACCUUCUUCAGGACACCCUGCACUGAGGAGCCCAGAAUUGGCCUCCGCAGAGGGGAGACCAUCCUCGCCACCCGGGGCACCAAAUGGUGGAUGUAUGGCGACAAAGUGCUGGAUGAGGAGCAGACAAAAGCUGGUGUUCGCCUAAGGGGUUGGUUUCCCCGCCAGUGUGUGGAGAAGUGCCAUUAUGACACAGCUGUGAAUAGCGCAGUGACCAAUGAGACUAGCAGCGAGAACAAGAAAGUAAAUUAAUAUAUUGUAAUUACGAUUUGAAGCAGAACAGGCAGUGGUAUAAACCCUUAAUUCUUUUGUGUCUUUCAUUGGGGGCAUUUUUUGGCCGGUUGACCAUGCUAGGAAAUGCAAUUGAAUCUCAUCUCCAGUAAUUGAUUUGGGAGAUGUCUCAUGCUAAAAUGGGUUUCUCCGUUCUUUUCUUCACCUGUACUGGUUUAAUUGUAGGAGGAAUGGGAUAAAUAUGGAAGAUCCUAAUGAAUUUUUUAUUUAAUCUGUCGAAAUCAUAGCGCAUAUGCUGACAAGCAGUUAAGGCGAGAACGAACCAUUAAAAUAUUAAGAUAUACUCCGGAUUUCCUCGGUAUCAAUUUUAUACUAGUUAAAAGGAUACCACACAAACCUGCUUGCUUUACUGACCUUCAGGAGUAAAGGUUUAUACUGCUGCCACUGAAAGGAUCUUAGAUGAUAGGGACUUAGUUUAUUUAGGGGCUGAACCUUUUACUUGAAUCCGCUAUUUGGUUUAUUUUCUGAUGUUCUUUGCUGAUUAUGCAAAUGCCUCUGCCCAGCUUUAAACCAGGGCUUUCAUCAUGCAAUUUGUCCAAGGUAUUCUUUGUAAAGCCGAAAUGAACGUUUAUUGUAUUUUUUAUUGUUUAUUUUUUGUAAAACACAUUCACCCUAAAAAGUAAAUUAAAUGAA